AUGUCUCCUGUACCUUCUCCGCACGAUACGCUUGGACCCUCGAGCCCGGAUCAAGCUCGUUCCGGCGAGGCAGACGGCAACUUCAUCACCAAGAGCUCUGCGCAGCCACACACACCUCGCGAGAGCGCGGAAAACCGACACCAUCCUGGCCUCCAACAGGGCGUGCUCGCUGACGGCCCUUCAACUCCCAUGACGCCGACGCGCCUCGUCUCGACGUCUGCCCCUCCGAUCCCGCCAAACUGGCUUGAGCUUGCCUUGAAAGGGCGCGCAGCAGCCCUCCGCGAGGCGCAACGCAAGACCGCGCCUUCCUCGUUGCCUGCAGACAUGCAACAAGCUCCAGUCGCAGAUCCGCCGACGGCGAGCAGCACUUCUCUGCAGACCGAUGCAGUCCAGAAUGCCGCCACUCAGCAGUCGCCUGUCGUCAAGACUGAGCCGGACGUCGACAUGCAAGCGACAGCCCCCACGCUGACCGCUCCGCCAACAGAAGCCUCUCUUCCUGACGGCGCCUUGGCGGGCGGGCUCGUCAGUGCCAACAGCCCGCCGCCUGCCCCGUCUACGAGCUCGCUCGAAACCUCCGUCGCUUCCGUCCAGCCUCCACCUGUCCAGCCUCCACCGAUAGCGGCACUGGCGCUUGCGAGCCAAGAUGCACCGUCAGCAUCCGGACCAGACGCAUUGCGAACCGAAAUUAUGGGCCCUCCGCCGUCAUUGCCUCUAGAUUUGGCCUAUCCGCCACUCAAUCCUGUCACGACGGAAGCCACUGCACCUCCCACCACCAGUAAACGCAGAGGCCCGGCUCCGGCGGCCAACGGAGCGGCACGCAGAUCCGACCCGGUCCAAGCACCUGCCGACUUUGAACCUCCCACCAACCUCAACGGCAAGAUGCCAUAUGCGCUCUUUCAGACCGUCCAGAAGAGCGCUGUCCCGGCCUCAAAAAGCGCUCAGACUACGCUCGCGGCUCAAAGGUACGUACACAAUGCUCCAACCCCCGGAUCUCGGAACCCCCACGACUUCAUUUCGGCAUGGGAAAACGCCGCUCGCAGCGACAGGCGAUUUUCGGCCAAGGCUGGUGUCAUGGAGAAAGGCGCUGUCAACGCCAAGAGCGCAGUCGCAACCACGAUGGAGCAGGCCGAGCACGGGCGCAACUCCUCUGUUCGCGCGCCGGGUCAGCAGGUCGCACAGAUCAGAGAGGCGGAAAUCACAGAUGGGGCCAAAUUUGGCCAAUUUUUGCGGGAAUCCACGGCAGACGAUGCUGCGGCGGCUGGCCAGCAGCCGAGCGGCAAAGCGGAAUCGUCACCUUCGCUAGACAACAAAGCCAUCGAUCCGCUCAUCGCCGACGUAUUGACGGACGCCGACUCUGUCGCGACUGCGACGGGCACACGAGAGACUAGUCGGGAAGCAUCAGCAGUUCCGGAGACCGGUGCCCAAGUUGCCGCUACCGAAAUCGGCGAGCCGGCCCAGCCAUCGACCGCGACCGGAUCGGAGUCCGCGAGUAUAGCGCCCUCGUCGGUAGUUCCACAGCAAGCGGCUCCACCGACACUGUCCGCGGAUACGCUGGAGAGUGUCGACGCAUCUCCGUCCGCCGCUCUUCGUCGCACGCCAUCCAAUCGCGGCGCUUCCUUACAAGCAUCGCAGUCCAUCACUAGCGCGUACGCAGAUCCCAUGGGCCUCAAAAAGCAUCGCGAACUGCUGGCACAGGAAGCCGCGCGUGCUCGUAGGUCGCCUUCGGCGGCUAGCGCUGGCGCUGCGUCUGCACCUCACGCCGUGCCCUCGGCAGGGGCGAGCAAGAAGAGUAACACUGCGGCACGUACAAUCGUGCCUCCGUCCUUGGUCGAGCCGCCGCCAGGUAUGAUGCAUACCCCGGAAGGACGUCUCCGUGUCAUUCCAGGCAUUGCCGGUGCUGUUGUGCCAACAGCCUCGAGCUCCAGCUCUACGGAUGUUCAAUUGGCUCCCAGGCUCGAGGACAAGGGCAGUGCCAAUAACGACUUCUGCGAGGUCUGCCUCGGUCACGGCCGCUUUGUCUGCUGCGACGGCUGCCCGCGCAGCUUCCACUUUUUCUGCAUGAAUCCACCUCUUGACAUUGACGAGAUGCCGCCAUCGAAUGCGGCGCAAGUGCUGGGCCCGGCCAAGGCGAAUCCGGUCCAGAAGGGGAAAGCCAAGGCGGGCGAACCUGGCGCGGGCUCCGAUCUCAACAUGGACGAGAUGUGGUUCUGCAAUGUGUGCGUCGCCGAACGCAAGCCCAAGGCUGUGUCCCGGCCCAAAGGUUUGGGCCCCUUUGGCUACUUGCUCCCGAUUCUGUCGCAGCAAAAUCCAAAAAGCUUCCAGCUUCCGGCGGAUGUGCGCACUAACUUCAAGGAUGUCGCUACCGCCAACGACGGCGAUUACGUCAACGCCGCGAUGGUCCGCCAGUUCAAGCCGAAUCGACAUGGGCAGAUCGAGCCUCGCGACCCGUACAGACUCAAGGACAAGAACGGCGAUGCUGUGCUCUGCUACCGAUGUGGCGGAACAGCGUUGCCCGCAGCUUCAGAUCAGCAUCCAGCAUCCGUCGGCUCCACAGAGCGACGCAGCCGCGCAGUCUCGGAGGCAGGCAGCGCCUCGGCGGCGUCACCGGCGGACCACACCAUUCGCGAGGGGACAGGUUGGCGCAAGAUUGUGAGCUGCGACUUUUGCUCGCUUCACUGGCAUAUCGACUGCGUCGACCCGCCCAUGCUGGGCAUGCCGAGCAACCUGCGCAAGUGGAUGUGCCCCGCACACAGCGACCACGUCGGCGAGCGCCGAAGGGUGGCGCGCAUCGGCGCAGCUGUGCCCAAGACGCUCGACCUGCCUCUGCCGUCGGCCAAGACCAUCGGCCCAGGCAAGCACUUCCGCACGCGCGUGCUCAACAACGGCGACAUCGACAUCAUUCCCGACCCGAUGGAAGAGCUCAUGGGUGCCAACGGCAUCACCGGCAGCCUGCAGACGGGCAUCAAGGAGAUCCCUCUCAUCCCGAUCCCGGGCGUGGUGGACUCACCCACACUCACCGAUGGUGGGUCCAAGCUUGCCUCCAAAAUCCGCUACCGUUUGCCGGAGAAGGUGAUCCGCACCGACUUUUGGUCCAAGCUUCACGGCGACGAUGCGAGCAAGAUCGGAAGCGUCUUUUACCUCGCGGCGGACGAACUGGUGCAUCGAUCGCCGUUCCGGCUGGUUGCGGCAGAGGACGGAGCGGCGCUGACGGGCGAGGACGUGUCAAGAUACAGGCCGUUUGGCCGACGCGACUACCAGCGAUCGGGUCUCGACUCGCUCGCUGAUAUUGCGUCGGCGAGGCUGGCGGGAGAUGCGCUUGCCGUGAAGGAGACGCCCGGCUUGAUCCGACCGUCGCGGACUCGCCAAUUGAUGGCAACGGCAUUGGGCAUCUAUUUGGACAACAGCGACGUACCCGAGUCGAGCUUGCGCUCGUCGCUGAAAGAGCCCGAGAGCCUAGAGUCCUCGGACUCGCCGCUGUCGAGCCUGUCGGACAGCGAGAGCGACGCAGGCGCUGAGACAGCGGCGCAGAAUGCGGCUCAGCGAGAGGUGGCCACGCCUGUCAAGCCUGCUCAGGUGUCGCAGCCAGCUCAGACGGCCCAGCCCGUCCAGCCUGUGCAGCCCGUGCAGCCUGGGCUGUCGGAGGAGGAGCUGAUCAAGCGCAUCGCGAUGGAGGCGGCGUCGGGCGUGAGCAGCGGCGAUCCGGUGCGUCUGAGCAAGCGCAAGGCCGCAGUGGCAGCCGAGUCGGCCAUGGCCGCUUCGCCGAAUACGCCGGCGAAAAAGCUGCGCUCAGCCUCGCCCGCGGUGCGCACCACGCCCAUGCCGGUCCGCACCGGGGCGGCUGCUGGUGCAGUGCCAGCGUCAGCGCAGGUAGGCUCGCCAGCUGCGCCGGCAACGGGCGUCAAGAAGAUCAUUCUCAAGAGCAACGGUGUAGCGCGCAGUGGCAAGACGGAGCCCAAGGGCAUCUCGGAGGCCCAGGCGGCACUGCGCACUGCGUAUCAUCUUGCAGGCCAGUAUGCGGACGAGCGCAGAGAGAUCGAGCAGCUGCGUGCGAUUCGCGAGCUCAUGCGUCUCAAAGGACCGGAUCGACUGCUCGAGUUUCUGCUUUCGCCCAACGAGCCCGCAGGCGCGACCAAGCCGCCAUCAGACGCGGUUCAAGCAACGUCCGAUGCAUGCUGA